UCAACUGCUGCUGUCUUUCUCUUCUGGCAACUGGCAAGUACGGAGCAAAUUGGCAUUUCAUUCCAACUUGCAAGAUUUUAGUGACCAUGGAUAUAGUUGGGAGUCUUGGGACUGUCAUUGGGUUUGUUAAUUCAUCACAGGGAACCCUUGCCACACAGUUCUCCUAUUUGAGAAAUGUUCGGAAACACCAAGAGUCACUUCAUUUCAAUAUGGAAAAACUAAAUGGUCGAGCAAAUGACAUCAAAAUGGAGAUUAAUAUGGGAUUAACAUACUUGAGUAAGAAGCUAAAAGGUGAGGUAGAGUUGUGGCUCAAACUUGUGGAAAAGGUAAACAAUGAAGUGGAUAGCUUAGAAAAUGAAAUCAUCACUACAAGAAGGUGCAUGAAUGGUGUUUUUCCUAAUUUCUAUUCAAGAUAUAAAAUAGGAAAACAUCUUUUACAAAAGAUUAAAAAGGUGACCGAGCUUCAAGAAGAGGGAGUGUUUCCAAAUGGUUUAUUUAUUGAUUUAUUGCCAGAUAUAGGAAAGUUUAUGCCAGCAACACAGUUAAUCGGUAACACAAUACAAAGGGAUAUUUUGCUUGAGAUUUGGAAGUGUCUGAUGGAUGACAACAUCAAUAAGAUAGGUGUCUAUGGUAUGGGUGGAGUUGGAAAGACGACCAUUAUGGUGCAUAUAUAUAAUCAACUCAAUGAAGCUCAAAUAUUUGAUAAUGUUAUUUGGGUGACUGCAUCAAAAACUUUUGAGUUGGAGAUAUUGCAAAUUGAAAUAGGGAAAGCAGUAAACCUGGAUCUAAACCAGGAGUUCUCAUUCAGUAAUAAUUUAAUCAGGAGAUCAACCAUAUUAUUUGAGCAUUUGUUGAGAAUGAAAAAAUUUAUUCUAAUCAUAGAUGAUUUAUGGAGUAAGUUUACCUUAGAAGAGGUGGGGAUCCCACAGCCAAAUAAAGAGAAUGGUUGUAAGUUAAUAAUCAUUACUCGACUCAUGGAAGUCUGUCGGGGCAUGGAAACACAAAGAGAAAUCAAGGUGGGCAUGCUUUCUGAGGAGGAAGCCUGGAAUUUGUUCACUGAUAAAGCUGGAAUAGAUGACUUUCUUUCUCCUGAAAUAGAAUCCUCUGCAAAGCUGAUUGUUAAAGAAUGUGGUGGUUUGCCGCUUGCAAUCAUCACUGUGGGACGAGCCAUGAGGAAAACCAAUGAUGCAAGAGUUUGGAAGAAUGCACUGGAAGAAUUGAAAAGUUCAAGAGCUGAAAUUGAAGGCAUGGAGGAAGAUGUUUUUGCACGUCUGAAAUUCAGUUAUAACCACUUAAAAAAUGACAGGGUCCGCGCUUGCUUUUUGUACUGUGCAUUAUAUCCUGAGAAUUAUAAAAUUGUUGUUGAGGAGCUGAUUGAGUACUGGAUGGCAGAAGGUUUCAUAGAUGAAGUGUGGGAUAGGGAGCAUGAGAACAACAAAGGCCAUGCAUUGCUUAAGGAACUCAAAGAUGCUUGCCUGCUGGAGGUUAUUGGAACAGGGUGCGUAAGAAUGCAUGAUUUGGUGAGGGAUUUAGCAAUCAGAAUCACAAAGGAGAGUCCUCGGUUCAUGGUCAAAGCUGGUGUUGGAUUGAAAACAUUGCCAAGGACGUGGAUGGAAAAUGUAGAGAGGGUCUCUCUAAUGGAAAACUACAUUAAAAUUCUUCCAGAUCAUCCCCAUAGCACAAAUUUAUCUACUCUGCUCCUGCAACAGAACCCCCUAAUGGAAAAAAUCCCUGAUUUAUUCUUUCUGAACAUGCAAAAACUUAGAGUUCUUGACCUAUCUAAUUCUCCAAUAAAGUCACUUCCAGAUUCCCUUUCCUGUUUACAGAAUCUGCAUGCAAUCAUGUUACGCCUUUGUAAGAUUGAAGAAUUACCUUCACUAGCGAUGCUGAAAGAGCUGAGGGUGUUGGACCUUUCAUAUACCUUGAUCCAAGAGUUGCCUAGUGGUAUCAAAGGCUUGGUAAAUCUUAGGCGUCUUGAUCUUUCUCAUACGGAAGACCUUAACAUGUUUCCUGCUGGGGUCAUCCCAAACCUGUGCCGCCUAGAAAAUCUAUCGAUGUUUGGAAGCAAAUGGAGAUGGUCCUUGAAUUCACAGGGAAACGGAGGAGGAGCAGAUUUUGCAGAAAUCAAAGACUCCUCACAACUAACUAAUCUUGGUCUUUCCUUUGAGGAUUCAUACAGCUUCAACAACUAUGUGAGAUCUAGACAUUGGCGGGUGCUGAAAAGCUACCAUAUUGGUAUAGGACUUCUAUCAAGCCUUUUACCUAUUUCCAAGGGAACUUACAGUGCAGAAGUUCAAGGCUGUAACCUCAUCACCAAUGGGAGUUCAAUAGAGCUUCCAGACAAUACUCAAGAGUUGGCAUUGCAGGGUUGUGAUGAUAUUGACAUUCUUUCUAAACUGUCAAGCACAUCAAAAUUGGAUGACCUAAAAGAGUGUUACAUCUCCACUUGUAUUGGUUUAGAGUACAUCAUAAUGGCAGAUGAAAAUUCCUUUCCAAGUCUAGAGAAAUUGAUCCUCCGGAAGCUACUUAACUUGAAGGCAAUUUGUUAUGGAGCUGUGACAGACAGUGUAUUUUCUAAGUUAAAAACCCUGCACAUCCACAAUUGUCACAGGCUUAAAUACAUACUCACAUUUGAUUUGUUAUCAUGCCUUCAAAAUCUUGAAGAGGUUGAGGUAUGGAAUUGUCAUUCAAUUGAGGAAAUCAUUGAAGGGAAGGAAACCAGUGGGGUAAAUAGUAAUGCUUUUCCUCCUAUCAUGAUUCCUAGGUUACGUCUCCUGUACUUAUCUUCUUUACCAGAAUUGAAAUCCAUUUCCAAAAGGGUAUUAAUUUGUAAUUCAUUGGACUCUAUUGAUGUAUGGGACUGUGAGAAGCUAAAGAAGCUUCCAUUCUUAAUGGACAACCUGCCUUCUUCCCUCAUGCACAUCAGCGGAAGCAGAAAGUGGUGGGAUGAGUUGUACUGGGAUGAGCCUAGUUGUAAGAGUCUUUUACAACCUCUUUUCAAGGAAGAUAAAUAAAACAAAAAAAUACUGACUACCUAGGCACGGGGCAAGUCCUUUUGAAUUGUUAUGGACAUUUCAUCUGACAGUGAACUGCCACUUAUUUUAUUUUUUUUUUUUUUGAGAAGAAACUGCCACUUGAUUGAUGACUUCAUCAGCAUGGAUUGAACAUGUGGCUUCAAAUUUGGGAGUUCAGACAUUUUGAGCCCAAAAUUUGUGCUGACUCACAAGGCAUUCCAUUGUCAAUAUUUUUUUAUUAAUAUGCAACUUGCAAGAAGUUGCAUUCAAUGAUAACUUGUGGUUGACUCGUGGCA